GUUAAGAACAAGGUAAGUUUGCAAACGAUGUCUUACAGUAGCGAACGUAUUACAAGCAAAGUAAGAGAGGCUCACCAGCAAGACGAUGAGGUGCUUUGCUCCAAAGUCGGCUUCCAAGGUCGGCGAGGUAACUCCCAGCAUCGAGGAGGAUUGGCAGCCAGACUUCAAGCCCAAUCCUUUCAAGUUCUUCAGGCCCUUUGACGAUGAGCAAAAGUGUGUCUGGCUCAGAUCCCAGAUCAUCGGCUCCCAGCUCCAAAUCUCCACACCAUUCGGCAGCAGGCCUCUCACUUAUGCCGAUUACACUGCCUCUGGCCGCUGCUUGUUCUAUAUAGAAAACUUCCUCAUCAAGCACGUCAUGCCGUCCUACGGGAACACGCAUGCCGAGGACAGCUACGUCGGAGAGAAGACCACCCGGAUGGUGAAACUGGCCACGAGUUAUGUCAAGGAGUCCCUGGGAGGAACCGAGGAUGAUGCUCUCUUCUUCUGCGCCUCUGGAACCACUGCAGCUGUGAAAAAGCUCCACGAGCUUUUGGGCUUGUCUGUACCGCCCCAGAUGAGAGAGUCAGCCGUGGCAGCGAUCGAUGACUGGAAGAGAUGGCUGGUGUUCAUAGGCCCAUACGAGCAUCAUUCCAACCUUCUUCCCUGGAGGCAAAGUCUUGCCGAGGUUAUUCAAGUUCCAAUGACCGAGGAUGGAUUGAUUGACAUGAAGUACCUCGAAGAGGAGCUGCAAAAUCCCAAGCACGCAGAUCGUCCAAUGCUUGGCUCCUUCUCCGCUUGCAGUAAUGUCACGGGAGUUUUAGCGGACACUAGAGCCAUCGCUCGCCUUCUACACAAACAUGGAGCAUUAGCAUGUUUUGAUUUCGCCAGCUGUGGUCCAUAUGUGAAGAUCAACAUGCGAUCGCGAAAAGCUGAUGGAUACGAUGCUGUGAUGCUGAGUCCACACAAGUAUGUCGGAGGGCCAGGAACGCCGGGCCUGCUUUGCAUGAACAAAAAGCUCUACAAGCUCAAGGAUCACGCACCGUCGACAACAGGCGGAGGAGUGGUAGACUUCGUCAACUACAACAAAGAGGACACACUCUACCUGGAGGACAUUGAAAGCCGAGAAGACGCUGGAACACCUUCCAUACUCCAGCGGAUAAAAGCCGGGAUUGUCUUCACUGUCCAAGAAGAAAUGGGAUACCGUCUCAUCGAGUCGAGAGAGCACAUCUUCAUCACCACCGCGUUGAAAAGGUUGUCCAAGAACCGAAAGAUAGUGGUGCUCGGGAACAAGCAAGUGAAACGAGCAGCGAUCGUCUCGUUCGUCGUCCGGACCACUGAUUCCAACGGUGGAAUCCAGCAAACCGUGCUGCAAGGCCGGUUUGUAGCCAAGCUCCUCAACGAUUUGUUUGGGAUCCAGUCGAGAGGAGGGUGCUCGUGUGCCGGUCCUUACGGCCACUCGCUUCUCAAAGUCAGUGAUGAGCUCUCCCUGAAAUUUCGAGCAGCAAUUCAAGAGGGAUAUAGCGGUGUCAAACCUGGAUGGACGCGCUUGAACUUCGCAUACUUCCUCUCCAAGGAAGAGUUCCAUUUCUUGCUGUGCGCCAUAGAGUUCGUGGCGGACUAUGGCCAGCGCUUUCUCCCCCUCUACGAGUUCGAGUGGCAGACUGGGAACUGGAAAUACGAGGAGAAGAACAGCAUCAACACCACCGCCAAGGCCACAUUACACAAGGAAUGGACCAAACUCCCACUGCUCCAGCAGCAUAAAGAUUACCUGGGUACCGCUAUGGCGAUUGCCAAGCAACUGGCUCACGAUCCAGGACAGAGCAGCACGGCGCCCGCCGGCAUUGAUCCCGAGCUCGUUACCUUCCGAUUCUAG